AUGCGUGCCGUUGCUGCUCUCGCGGCAUGCGUUGCCUUUGCCAAUGCGCAAACAUUUGACAUGGACAUGAUCCUGGCUGCAGAGCCUGUGCCUACUCCCUCGAUCCCUGUUGUCUACGUCACUGGUGAUGCUCCUUCUACAACAGCAUCUGCCACAAUAGUUUCAUACGUAGAGACGCAAGCAGCUGCAUCUGUUUCCCUGGAAGUUGCUGCAGCUGCAAGCAGUACUGCUCUCGCAAAACGUGCCGCCUCUACUUGUGUACCUCAGCCUACUGGCAUCUCUCACAACUCGAGCCCGGAUACUGCUUCUGCCUUCUUGGCCGAUGCAUACUACUCUAGUGUUGCCUCUGCCGCACCGACUCCUGCUGGCUAUGUCAACACUUUCACCAACCUCCAGGCUUCUAACAACGCUUAUGGAUACAUGGGUUACCAGCUCCUGAGCACUUACGACACCCAGCUCUGUUCGCAGAAAUGCGACAAGGUCAAUGGAUGUCUUUCCUUCAACCUCUACUUUGAGCGUGACCCUUCUGUUGACCCCAACGAUUCGAGCUGCUCCAACCCAGCAUCAGUAACCCAGAUCAAAUGCGUCAUGUGGGGCGGACCAACCCUCAAGUCAAAUGCUCUCAAUGCCGGACAGUGGCGCAACAAGUUCCAGGUUGUGAUCGCUGGAUCAAAUGGCUACGUUAACAAGACGAUCGACCCUGCUCCUGGCUACGACCAACCCAUUGAUCUCGGAGAUGCUACUAUCAAUGCUCCUCUGGACUGCUCUGGCCACGACACUUUCAUGCAAUCCAAGUUUUUCACCUCCGGACCUUUCGAUGCUAACUUGUGCGCUGCUGCCUGUUCUGCUCAGAAUGUCUACAACUUGGCCCACCCUCCUGCUGAGGGUAAGCCCAAGACUUGCCAGUUCUUCACCACCUACCUACUCUAUAAGGACGGUGUGGCUCAAGGACAAACGUGUUCGUUGUAUACUAUGGCGUGGAACUCAACCUAUAACACCAACAAAGGUUAUUACUACGGGCAAUCGCACUACACCGUAGGCUACAGUUUCGCCUUUUCCAACACAACUAAUCCCGGAGCUCCCUACGCUGCUUGUGGCUCUUCCGCGUCAUCCACAGUCGUCUCCAGCACCGCCAAGGCCUCAUCGACCGCUGUGUCUGCUUCGUCCACUACCUUGUCCACCGCUACUGCCACUCCCACCGCUCUUCUCCCUGAUACUUCCUGUAACAACGCCGGUCUCCAGUUCGCCUACUACCCCGGCCUCGCCAGCACCCAGUGGGAUUUCAACUCCCCCAACUACGGUCUGGACGCCGAAAACUACAAGACCGUAACACCCAACUACACCGGCGUAACCAACUUCAUCGGCGGCUUCGCAUGGAACACUUACCACCAAUCCUCUUCAAUCUACUCCAGCACCCGCCCCUUCGACCACGAGAAGAUGAUCCUCAACCACCGUGGUUACUUCUUCGCUCCCACCUCCGGCGACUACACCUUCUCCAUCCCCACUUGCGAUGAUGCCGCCUUCUUCUGGCUGGGCGAUAUGGCUUACUCUGGAUUCAACGAAUUCAACUAUCUGCUUUUGGAUAACCAGGCCAAUGGUACGCAAAGCGCUACUGUUACUCUUACGGCUGGAAAAUACUAUCCUAUCCGUUUGAUCUAUGGAAAUGUCGGUGGUGGACCUGGAAGUCUGUAUUUCCAGAUCACGCAGGGCAAUAAGGUUGCUGCUGAUUGGUCAUCAACUGUGAGCCCGUACUUUGUCCAAAAGUCUUGUGAUGGAACCACUGCUCCUGCUUAUGCUGCUUUUGGUCAGGAGACUUAG